AAUACAGUAUAGUUACGUAUAUGAUGUGUUCCAUAAACUACGUUCUAGCACAUUAAAAGAUACCUUGCUAUUUGGUUGCAAGAUCGAUGAAAACAAAUAUACGGAGUAAGUAAUUACAGCGCUUAUAGGUAAAUGAGAACACAAUUCUUAAAAAAAAAAAAAAAAAAAAAAAAAAGAAAGAAAGAAAGAAAAGAAAAAGAAAAAGAAAAAGGUAAAUGAGAACACAAUUAAGAUUAUUUAACUAGACUUGGGCUUUUAGUCUUUAUUAUGGGGCUUAUGUGGAGCUGAGUGGUGCGAUGUACUCAAUGCAAGUAUUAACUAUUCCCCCCCCCCCUAUAAAUAGGGGAUAACAAGCCUAGCUUAUUGCAUCAAAGGUUUUUUUUUUUUUACUUAAUUAUAAAGAAAUAUUAGAAAAAAGAACCAAGCAAGGGAGGAGUGAGAGAUAUAGUGUGAUCAAGUUUUGGUGAUAGAUGGCAAUUGAAGUAAAGCAAGUUCUUUGUAUGAAGGAGGGGACUGAUGAAACCAGUUACGUAAAAACGUCCUACAUUCAGAAGCAGGUGCUAUUAUUGACAAAAUCCAUAAAAGAAAAAGCCAUAAAGGAGUUCUAUUCCAAGGAACGACCAACAACCUUAUGCAUAGCUGAUUUGGGGUGUUCCUCCGCCGAGCUCAACACCUUGGGAGUGGUCGCUGAGCUUAUAGAAACAAUCGAAAAUGCUCGUCAAGAUUUGGGGAAUGGGAGCCAAGAGUAUCAAGUUUACUUGAAUGAUCUUCCAGGCAAUGAUUUCAACACAAUCUUUAGGUCAAUAGCAAGCUUUGAGGAUAGCCUGAAGAAGCAAAUUGGUAGUAAUAAUUUUGGGCAUUGUUUUGUGAAUGGUGUUCCUGGUUCUUUCUAUGGAAGGCUAUUCCCUACCAAUCACUUGCAUUUUGUUCAUUCUUCUUAUAGCCUCAUGUGGCUUUCUCAGGUACCAAUAGGAAUUGAAGACAACAAGGAAAAUAUCUACAUAGCAAGUACAAGCCCUCCAAAUGUGACAGAAGCUUAUUAUGACCAAUUUGAAAAGGACUUUACGAUGUUUCUAAGUUGUCGGUCAAAAGAAGUAGUACCCGGAGGAAUUAUGGUCCUUACGAUAUUAGGAAGGACAUCAACUGAAAAAUAUAGUAAGGAAUCCAGUUACGAAUGGGAUCUUCUCGCUACUGUCCUCAACGAUAUGGUUCUUGAGGGUUUCAUAGAGGAAGAGAAGCUACAUACAUUCAAUAUACCUCAAUACACUCCAUCAGCAGAAGAAAUAAGAUUUAUAAUGGAGAAAGAAGGAUCUUUUAUACUUAGCCAAGUUGAUGUUUCCGAAAUAAGUUGGGAAGCAAACGAACAUUACUAUAAGAAUGAUUUACCUAAGACGGCGUUUACUCACUAUGACUUUGUUAAAUGCAUGAGAUCCGUGGCCGAGCCCUUACUCGUAAAUCAUUUUGGAGAAUCCAUAAUUGAAGAGUUGUUUAAGAGAUACCUGGAAACUGUCCAAGUCGCGAUGACCAAAGAGAAGAAUGUGUUCAUCAAUGUCACGGUGUCCUUGACACGAAAGGGUUAAUCAAUCCAUGGAGAAAAAACUAUCAAUUUAAAACUACGAUUCCUUCGUUUUGGUCCACGUUUUCAUUUUUGUGGUCGUGUUUGUGUUUGUGUUCGUUAGAAAUCUUGUUGGUGUUGUUAAAAGCUUGCAUUGCUCCAUAUUUGUAAUCUUCAUUGUUUUCGUGGUUGGUCAAUUAGUGUACAUGUUGGGGUUGCAAAAUGCUACUCCAUACAUACUAUUGUUUGAGCUAUGGUAGGAGUCUGAACUAUAAAUAAAUGAUGUCAAAUACUACCUUUGUUAUAUAUUAUGUACAACUUUAGGGUAUUAUUUGUGAGAUAUAAAAAUUCAAAAGUUGCACCGG